GGGCGAGGGCGUGACAGAUACACAUGAGCGCCUGAGAAAGACGAGCGAAUUGGUUUGAGCUCCGUAAAGCGACUCGGAGAUCAGUGCAGAGGCGAACACGCGUGCUGCAUUCGCUGCGCCGCCGCACAUUCCGAACUAGAGAUGCCACCGCAAAUGGAAUACCAGUGUGUGGACAGAAGGAGCACUUUAGGACCUCCAGUGCAGACCGAGAAAGACAAGGAGCCCCAAAUUAAAUGUGUUUUAGUUGGGGAUGGAGCUGUCGGAAAGACCAGUUUGAUAGUCAGCUACACGCGAAAUGGCUAUCCAACGGAAUAUCAGCCGACAGCAUUCGACAUAUUCACGGGGCUUGUCCGUGUCGACGGCACCCCAGUUCGAGUUCAGCUCUGUGACACUGCUGGGCAGGAGGAGUUUGACCGCCUUCGUUCUCUUUGCUACCCCGGCACAGACGUCUUCAUCGUUUGCUUCAGCGUUGUGAACCCUUCAUCCUUUCAAAACAUCGCAGAGAAGUGGAUCCCCGAAAUACGGACUUUCAGCCCAUCUACUCCCAUAAUUCUUGUGGGUACACAAUGUGACCUUAGACAUGACGUCAAUGUACUCAUUAACUUGGACCGAUUCAGGGUCAAGCCGGUACUUGAGUCGAGAGCCCGAAAUCUCGCUGACAAAAUCCGAGCUCAAGACUAUAUGGAGUGCUCGGCGUUAACACAGAAGAACUUGAAGGAAGUAUUUGACUCUGCCAUCUUUGCAGCAAUCAAACAUAAAGCCAGGCAACAAAAGAAACUUAAAAUGUCAACAGAUCGGAUGAAAACUCUCUCCAAAUGUGGCUGGAAGAAGUUUUUUUGCUUUGUCUAAAAUGAACUGUCAUAAAAAUGACUGUCUCUUUUGUAAUUGACUGUCCUUUAUAAUUUAUUUGGAAAUUUGAAAUUGAACCUAUGGACUCUGAAGGUGGUUAUUAUGAAUGUUGAUUAAAUAGUCAGCUUCAAAGAGGAUCAGGGCAUCAGACUGAUGGGGAGUAGGACCUGCAGCUUAGCCUGUUGUGAAGAGCACUGUGUGAACACGGCACCGUGCUCUCGCAAUUUAAGGCUUUCAUUCGAGAUUUAUAUGUCUAGCUAUGUCUUUAUUAUUUAAAGAAGGACAGGAAUAGAAUGGACUGUAUGCCAUCUCCUACUGCUCUCUACUAUAAAUGCACUUUAGACCAUUGAUUUGGGGUUAGCGGGAGUGGUUGCAUAAAUAAGCAUAUUUGCAUAUUCGGCCAUCAAAAGUGAUUCAUCUGUUGGUUUUCCUUAAGCGCAGCUACAGCAGAUAAACUAUGAGGUUAAUCACAAAUAUUGAAAUAUGAGUUUCAGUCCCCAUUUUACAACAUACAGGUAGACUGCUAAUGGGUGGGUAUGGGUAUCUAUCUAACCUUCUUAAUCUAGUCCAGCCUCAACUAUUAGAAAUGGACACAAAUCAAGAAGCUAGCUCUGGAUGUGAGGGCUCAAUCAUAUAGACAUGCACACCAGACCAAUUUAGAGUCACCAGUUCACCUUAUACAUGUGUUUGAGGCAAAUAACCAAAGUGCCUGGAGACAUACCUACACGGCCAUCAUGCCAGCUUUAUAUAGACUGUGACCAGGCUGCCAUUCGGUUGUCAGACCACUUUUGGGAUGUGAGGCGCCUGCUCUCUGCUAUCCUAGUUAAG